AUGCCAGAGGCAAUCAUUAAAAUUGAUGAACAUAAAAACUUUUAUAUAAUUUAACUUUUCACAGCAUGCUUAUCAGAAAUGGCCUAUUAUAUAGAAAGUGAUAAAGAAGCUAUUAUAAUAGAUCCAAUGAGAGAAAUCGAGCCUUAUUAUAAAUUAAUAUAGGACCGUGGAUCUAAAUUAAAAUAUGUUUUCGAAACACAUUUCCAUGCUGAUUUUGUAAGUGGACAUAUAGAAUUAAAUAUAAAAACUGGUGCUUAAAUAAUAUAUGGGCCAGGAGCUAAAGCUUCUUAUUAAAUUAAGUCUGCUAAAGAUGAGGAAAUAUUUUAAGUAGGGAAAAUAAAAAUUAAAGUACUUCAUACUCCUGGACAUACUUUGGAAAGUAGUUGCUAUUUACUUUUGGAUGAGAAUGAUAAACAAUAUUGCGUUUUUACAGGGGAUACUCUUUUCUUGGGGGAAGUAGGAAGACCUGACUUAGCAGUAAAAGGGGAAGAGAUUACUUGUGAAAAUUUAGCCGAAUUACUAUAUGAUUCUUUAAGGAAUAAAAUAAUGAAAUUAGAGCCUAAAUGCAUUAUUUAUCCAGGACAUGGGAGUGGAAGCGCUUGUGGGAAAAAAAUACAGUCAGGAAAUAGCGAUACAUUGGAAAAUUAAUUAAAUACUAAUUAUGCUUUAAAUAAAGAUUUAAAAAAGGAGGAUUUUGUGAAAGUUUUAACAACUAAUAUAGGGUAACCUCCUUAGUAUUUUUUCCAUUCAGCAGAAGUGAAUAUGAAAGGAUAUGAAUAAAUAGAAAAAAUAAUUUCGAAAAGUUUUAUUUUUUUUAACAUUAAUGAUUUCUUGAAGUAAAGUAAUAGUAAUACUACUGUUAUUUUAGAUACUAGAAAUUAACAAGAUUUUCUAAAUGGAUUUAUUCCUGGAUCUAUAAAUAUUCCUCUUUCAGUUAAUUUCGCUGUACUUGUAGGCACUUUAUUUCCUCCUUGUAUAAGUUUCCUCUUAGUUACAGAUGGAAAGAGUGAAAAAUAAGCUAUUAUUAGACUCGCGAGAAUCGGAUAUGAUAAAAUAAUAGGAUGUCUAUAGGGAGGUUUUGAUUCUUGUAAAAAUUCUGGAGUCGAAAUUCAUUCUUUGAAAAAUAUUAAAGCUUUAGAUGCGAAAAAUGAUGCUAUUUUCUUAGAUGUUAGGAACAAAUAGGAAUUCGAAGAGGGUAAAAUUAAGGGAGCAUUAAAUGUACCUUUUAAUGAGUUAGCAAAUUAAAUUUAAAAUAAAGUAUUUGAGUUUCCUAAGGAUAAAGAUGUGUAUGUUUAUUGCAGAAGUGGAACAAGAUCUAGUAUUGCUUGUAGUAUUUUAAGAAAAUUAGGGUUUUGUAAUUAAAUUAAUAUAGAAGGAGGAUUCAAUGAAUUAAAAAAUAAUAAAAAUUUAGAAAUAAUAUGA